AUGGGGUCGUACGAGAACGUUGGUUGGAAAUUUGUGGAGGAGGCGGUGAUACGUGACAAAGGCUACGAUGAGGAAAUUGUUCUUGCCUCCAUCCUGCAGUCGUAUUUCAUCCGACAGGGAUUUGUGGAAUCUCUCACCGCACUUAAUGAGGAGCUACGAGAACUGCAGACAAUGACAAGGAUAGGGACGACACCGAUGGCGGAAGCAUCGGCAACAACAGAAACGAAGGAGGUGACCGGGCGUCGUGUACGGCGUAAUGGCAAAGGCAUUUUUGUCAACCAAGAGGAAUUACGCAACGAUGUCGUGUCACAUGAUGAUGGAAGGAAGAAUAGCAAUGGAAGCGGAAAAAACAGUGGUAUAAUUCAUGUCUCCAAUGAUAAUAAAAAUAAUAAUACUAAUAAUAAUAAUUCAGUUGAUUGUAAAGGUGUUGAAACUGUACUGGAGUCCAUGAAGAAGCGCAAGCGUCUGCAGUUAUUGUGUCUAAAUGAGCAGUACGAGGACGCGGCCGCAUCCCUUCCUCAGGGAAGUGUGUUCAUAGUAAAACUGUUGGCCAUGGAAGCCAUGAAGCGUGCAAGGGGUGAUCAAUCAGCGGCGUUACUCUUUCUAUGUGAAAAGGUGAGUCCACUGAUUGCCGACAUGUCUGAUGCAGCGAUGGCACAUCAAAUUUAUGUUGAAACCUUGGCAACCAUCACGGGGACGGACGCGACGGGGUGUUCGGAGGCAUCCCCGUGCAGAAUUGCCCGUGAAGUGAAUGAGUCGCUUCUGGACGACCACGAGCCGAGCGCACUUCAUGUACUUCUUUCGUGGUCGGAGUGGCAGGCGAUGGCGAAGGCGAAGGAAGGGGGGGAGGGCGGGAGGCAGUUUCCUUUUCUAGUGGGCAUGGAAAGACCGUAG